CGUACAAAAUUGUUGGGAGAUGAAUUAGCUAGGAACUACCUAGUUUCGUCUCCCUUCAACACCAUGUUUGUAUAUAUAACAUAGCGAUGGAGAUCCGUCAGAAUAGCGAGAAAUCCGAGAGAAGGCUCCCAGCGACAGCGGACCAACAGUCAGAAGGAGGGCAACAAGUCGCAACAGACCUCCGCAAUAGCCAAGACAAAACGAUGAAGCCCUUCUCUUUUUACGCCUCCUUGCUCUGUCUUGCGCUCCUUGCAUUGAUUGUCGCUUGGGAUACCACCGCUCUAGCAGUCGCCAUUCCCGUUAUAGCCGAGCAAUUGCACGCCACCACAUUGGAGGCCUUCUUUGCGAGUAUCGCCUUCACCCUCGCCGUCGCAGUUUCGCAACCGCUAUACCUCAGCAUUUCCGAUGCUGUCGGCCGGAAGGUUCCGCUUUACGUUGCCAUGGUACUUUUUACCGUCGGCUCUAUUCUCUUCGCUGUUGCCCGGAGUAUCACGGUCCUCAUUGUCGGGCGUCUUAUACAGGGCCUUGGCGGCGGCGGCCUUGAUAUCCUUCAAGAGAUCAUCAUCGUCGACAUGACGAGUUUGAAAGAGCGACCUGCGUAUCUCGCAGUGAUGGCGUUACCUAUCGCCCUUGGUUCCAUCAUGGGUCCCAUUAUUGGUGCGCUUUUAUGCCAGUUUGUAACUUGGCGCUGGCUUGGUUGGAUUAAUCUGCCCUUCGUUGGCCCAGCCAUACCCCUCGCGCUCAUGUUUAUGCACCUUCGGCCUAUUGACUUAGACUUGAAAACGAAGUUUCGCCGGCUUGACUGGCGCGGCAUGUUCAUGUUUACCGUAGGCGCGAUCUGUGUUUCAUUACCAGUCAGCUGGGCAGACACGCUGUAUCCGUGGUCUUCCUGGAAGACUAUCCUCCCACUGGUUGUUGGCAUCAUUGCCUUCAUUACCUUCGGUUUCUACGAAGCUCGCCCUGCGCAGCCGAUGUUGCCCUAUCGCCUAUUCAAGAACAGAACCGCCGUCGUGUCGAUAAUAGGAGGAUCUAUACAUGGUCUUCUUUUGUUUUCUCUUCUACUGUACUUACCCCUAUUCUUUCAGGCUGUUUAUUUGCAGACGCCUCUGGAAUCAGCUAUCUCUAUCCUUCCAGCAUGCGUGGUCACUGUUGCCUUCAGCGUUUUUGCGCCCGUAUGUGUGGAGUUUACUAGGCGUUACACUCUUCUUCUGCACACUGGUUGGGUUACCCUCACUCUUUUCAUUGGUCUUUGGUGUAUCGUGGACCAAACGUCGUCUAAAGCAGUGAAAGACACGUUCUUAGUCUUUAUCGGCAUCGGGCUUGGUACAGUAUUCCAGACAAUACCCUUCCCCCUACAGGCAAGCGUCGAAGAGGCCGAUGAUAGCGGCCGGUUGGUUGGUCUAUUGGUUAUAACGCGGUUCUUGGGAGGCGUGUUGGGGCUAGCCAUUGGUUCUUCCGUGUUCAACAGUGGCUUCGCUCAUCAGAUCGCAGCUUUUGGACCCUUACCGAUCCAAGUCAGCCAGCUAUCUGACCCGCGCCAAGCCAUUGGUUUCAUUCCCAUGCUCAGGACCUUGAGUCUAGAUACGGAGACCAUGAGCCGUCUAACAGAAGCCUACCGGAUCCCGUUCCGGACCGUGUGGAUUGUCUUGGCCUCGAUAUCGGGUGUGGGCUUGGUCACGUCCUUACUUACCAAGCAGCUUAAUUUAGAGAAAGAAGACCUAGGCAGGCAGAGGUUUGACGAUUCAUAGGAAUGGACGCGCAUGUUAUUCACGUCAGGCCUGCAUGAGUCUCGCGCGAUUAGCGAGCGCAAACAUUUGGCGUUAUUGUUGAUCUGUGCUGCGACACGGAGCACCCGCGUAGUCCAAGUCACAUCACCAUGGGCUUCGGUACGCCCGUCAACCUACCGGAAGCCAUGCAAAAGCCUCUGUUUGCCGCUCAUAUCAGCCACUUCAGCGGUGAAGAGGACAGCGCAUGAAGAGGUAAUGUUAAGGACAGCGCCCUAUUCCAGCGAGCUGAAUCAGUCGAGGGGAGAUCGGUGGCGGCAAUAUGUGAACUAGUAACAAAUUUGAGCCAGAUGUAAAUAUAUACCUGCCUAGGUACUUGUGUAUAUAUAGCGAAGUAAUAUUAGCCA